AAGACGUACAGACGUCGGUUCUGGCUACACACUAAAUUAUACUGCUGCUCUGUCGCGCUCCACGUCCGUGGGCGUGGCCUAACAGAUCGUCUGGGUAGCCAGGCAACUUGUUCUCGCCACUGUAAGAAAAAGGAAUCUUUACCUUGUGUCGUUGAUGCUUCAAUUUCCGUAUCGACUCCUUUCUCCUCCUCCACGCAAGACUUCUCAUCCGUACCCCACCUCUCAUCACAGCGUUGGUUUUAUCGGGAGCGGCAGGUGUAGACUGGAAGGAGGAAGCCGCGACAUAAAUCAUGCUUUGUCGGGAGCAGUCGGCUUUGGAGCAUGGAUCAUGACAUGCGGCUCAUACCAGAUCUCCAUAAGCGAGGCGCCAAGGAUCACGAGUGAACAUGGGGAUCAGGUCCAGAAAUGUUGCUAACGGUUCAGAGGAGCAGAGGGACAAAAAGUCAUCAGCCCUGCCCGUGGACUUGGACCAAGAGGCUGGGGUGGACAAAGAUGGAGCUCUCUUGUUGGUGGCUCCGGGUCGGGAAGAUUUCAAAAGGAGCACGCAGGGUUUUGGACUGUUGGCCAAGACGCCCCUGGGGUACACGCGACCCGUUAAGCGGAAUAACAUCAGGAAGCGAAGAAUUCAAACCCUUAUUUAUGAUGCCCUGGAGAGACCGAGAGGAUGGGCGCUACUGUACCACGCGUUUGUAUUUUUGAUUGUGCUGGGAUGUUUGAUAUUGGCCAUACUAACAACUUUCAAAGAACACGAAAAGGCCUCCGGCCAUUGGCUUGUUAUAUUGGAAACAUCCACCAUAUUUGUCUUCGGAACAGAGUUUGGGUUGAGAAUAUGGUCGGCAGGCUGUUGCUCCAGAUACAAAGGAUGGAGGGGGCGGCUCAAAUUUGCCCGCAAGCCAUUAUGUAUUUUAGAUAUUUUUGUGCUGAUUGCCUCGGUUCCGGUGGUUGCUGUGCGUAACCAAGGCAAUGUGCUUGCCACGUCCCUGCGCAGUCUGCGCUUCCUGCAGAUUCUGCGCAUGCUCCGCAUGGACCGCCGUGGAGGCACCUGGAAACUACUGGGCUCAGCCAUCUAUGCACACAGUAAGGAGCUGAUCACCGCUUGGUACAUUGGCUUCCUGUCCCUCAUUCUGGCCUCCUUCCUGGUGUACCUGGUGGAGAAGGAUGAUGUCACCAUGGAGGUGUCGGAUACUGAUAGCCCCACCAUUAAGCCCGAACCCCAGGACUUUGACACGUAUGCCGACGCUCUGUGGUGGGGCCUGAUCACAUUGACCACCAUUGGUUAUGGGGACAAAACCCCAAAGACGUGGGCUGGGAGACUGUUAGCUGGCACUUUUGCUCUCAUUGGAGUGUCCUUCUUCGCUUUGCCUGCAGGCAUCUUGGGCUCAGGCUUGGCUUUGAAGGUCCAGGAGCAGCACAGACAGAAGCACUUUGAGAAGCGUAGGCAUCCAGCUGCUGGGCUUAUUCAGUCUGCCUGGCGAUACUAUGCCACCAAUCCAAUCAGAGAGGACCUCAUUUCUACAUGGAGAUUCUACGAAACGGUCAUCUCAUUACCCUGUUUCAGGAAGGAUAAUUUGGAGGGCAUAGCAAGUCAAAAGCUGAGUUUGCUGGAGCGUUGUCGCAUGCCUAAUUCGCGACAGUCGACAGUAGUGAGGGGCAGGGUGCUGAUGCCGGGGAACCCGGACAUUGAAGAGAGUCCUUCCAAGGAACCCAAACCCGGCGGCUUCAGUAACCGGGAGCGGUUUCGCACAGCCUUCCGGAUGAAGGCCUACACCAUGCGUCAGAGCUCUGAUGUCUUUGUUCCCACAGAUGCUGGAGCCCUGCAGGACCCCGAGGAGCGGGGCUUUCCUGCAGACAUCCUCCUGGAGGAGAUGAUCCCCACGCUAAAGCUGGUCAUCAGGGCAGUCAGGAUCAUGAAGUUCCUCUUGAACAAGAAGAAGUUUAAGGAGACAUUGAGACCUUAUGAUGUCAAGGAUGUGAUCGAGCAGUACUCUGCCGGCCACCUAGACAUGCUCUGUAGAAUCAAAUACCUCCAGACAAGAAUAGACAUGAUCCUCGCCCCUGGUGCCCCUCUGACCCCGAAACAUAAGAAGAGUCAAAACAAACAGAACCCAUUUGCCUUUCCAACUCAACAGUCACCAAGGCAUGAGUCCUAUCUAGCCAAAGCAUCCAUUCCAGAUGCUGACCAAGACCAAAGCAUGAUGGGUAGAUUUGUCAGAGUGGAGAGACAGGUGGAGGACAUGGAGAAGAAGCUGGACUUUCUGGUGGACAUGCACAUCCAGCACACUGAGCACCUUCAGGUGGACUCGGCCGGCGCCGCCCACAUGACCACGGAGCCCCUUGACCAUGUGACAGGCAACACAGGCUCUGACGGCAAGGAGGGCUGUGGCUACACUGAGAUCCGCCGGGUCUUCUUCAACUACACCGAGACAUGCCCCCAAAUGUCCUACCAGGUGCCUGUGAGCAAAGUGAUGCCUUACUACAGCUGCCGCAGGGAGCCCAGUGCUGCAGCUGGAGGGGCGGAAGGAGUUGGGGGAAUGGGGCUGCCUGGGGGUGGCUACAUCCCUGCUGACCAUCAAGUCCCACCUGGCCACCACCUAGCCCCGAUCCCUACCUUCACAGAGCGGCCCAAUGUACUCCCCAUCAGCUCACUCCUGGACACCCAGAUGGCUGGACGGGAUGGGCAUGGGCCACAAAGUCCCUACACGGAGCACCUCACGCUGGGGUUGGGCCGGACCAUGGGGCAGAGAGCAGUGACGGACACUUCGCCGCUAUCCAUGCUUUCUGUGAACCACGAGGAGCUGGAGCGCUCACCCAGCGGGUUCAGUAUAUCGGGGGAGCGCGAGGAUAGGGAGGACCCCACACUGGGGACAGCAGGGGGGUCGGGAAGGUUGCGGGACAGCCGUUACCUGGCAGAGGGGGAGACGGACACAGACACGGAACCCUUCACGCCCAGCGGGGGUGGGGGGCAACUCCCCAAGUCAUCCACAGGAGAGGGCUUCCCUGAUUCUGUAUGGAACACACCGCCCUGAAUCGCUCACCAUUUUUAUUCCUUAAUUUUACACCUCCUCACCAACCCUUAUUUAGUUUGAGUCAAAUCGACAACCUUAAGCCCCUAAGCCCAUGCCUCUAAAAGCCAGUCGUCUUUGGGUUAAACGGACAUCACUGAACUCAACGCCAUGUGCAAGUUCAAUCGGCACAUGUCAAUUAUUUUGGGUGAAAUCCAUGUCUCUACACCCAAGUCAGUUUGGAUAGAAUUUAUCCCCAUAGACCCCAAUUCAAUCCAGAUUUAAUUGACACUAAAACCUGACUCAUUUUGGUUUACACCCUACACUUAUUGGCCCAGAGAAAGCCCAGAGAAAGCCACGGUCUCAAGACUACGUACACACACGAAAAGAAAAGACAGCGUUUGUAUAGUUAACAGACUUUGUACAGUACAGCGCACGCAUCACAACAUACAUAAAGCUAAGAUGAAAAAGUAUAUAGCAUUAAUAUAAAUAUAUACACCCAAACCUUUAUCGCUGCAAAGCAAACCGCACUGCAUGUACCGCAUGCAUUCUUUUUGUCGUAGAGCCUACAAUGUUCAGGUUUCAGGAAAAAGAAAACAAUUUUGAAUGGUACUUAUAAAUACUGUCAUUUUUUGUAAUACUUAUUUUUUUAUAUAAAUACAUUUAAUUUUUUUUGCAUGGUUUGCAUGAUGAUGCACAAUUUACAGACAGUUGACCUGAAUAUUUUUAACAAAAGUCUCCUGUCUCAUUCUUUAGUACUUGCUUACUAAUGUAUGUGUGAGUUGGGAAAAUAAUGACAAGCCAGAGACAAAAGACUUCUGCUUCCUUUUUGUCAAUAGACAAUAUAGGGAUGCCCCUUCUUCUUUCAUGCUGUGCAGUUUUUGAAAGGUUGUUUUAGUUCCUAUCAGAAAUACAUUCAAACAUAAAAUCAGUCAUUAAUUCACUACUAUCCUUAAAUGAGAGAAAACUCUUCCUCUUUGACACACCACAGAUUUAUUUGGCAUACAGUAGUUUUUGCAUCUUUAAAAAACUUGUAAUGACACAUUCAGGACAACUCAAGUAAGUUCUGUGAUGAGGCAUGGUAAGAACCAAUUAUUGCAUUAUAAGUUACAGAUCAUUUGGCAGAUAGGCUUAAAGUGAAUUUGCACAUGCCACGUCUAGAUUAGAAUAAACGGUUAUCUAGCAAGAUUGCAUCACAAAUUCUGAUUCCAUAAUUUAAAAAAAUCAUAAUAAUAUUGUAUGUACUUAGACUUAUGACAAAUCACUAUAUAAAUAGUACAAUAUCUGAAAACAGCUAGAAUAAUACCAUAAAUAUAUAAUCUACAUAGUAUGUAAAAUGAGAAAACAGUGACAAUAUCAUUACAUUUUCACAGAAUGUAAUGACAAGUGUAGCAUGAUGUAGGUCAACUUUAACGAUAAGUGAAAAAAUAGUGUAAUGUCUUAUUAUAUUACUGAGAGCAGAUUGGCAAAUAAAUCACAGUGAUGUGAAUCACUUGAAGAAAUAUGAACAAAAGUGAAAAAAAUGUCCCCCUCACAAAUGUAACAUUGAAGUUUUUAGUGUUUUUCCCCAAAAAAUUAUUUUCUUUUUGGUUUAAAAUGGAAAAUGUAGUUUCUUUGUAGAUGUCAAUCCAGUGGGUAAAACUGUUUUCAAUUACGUCAUUAUGCUGUUUUUUAUGACGCCCUAGUCCGAGGAAGUUUUGCUAACGUCUUUUUAACAACCAGAAAAGUGUAAUCUGGCCAGAUAAAAAAAAAUUAUUGGAAUGAAACAAAAUGGCAUUAUCUGGUUGUAAUCUGGUUAUAUGACAUCUUCUCGACCAGACAUACAGCAUCCAGACAGUCUUUAAGACUUGCCAAAUUUUAGACUCAAAGGUUUAUUUAUCUACAGAUUGAAUAGAUAGAACAGAUUAAAGACAUUAAUACAAAAUGAAAAUGAUUGUUAAUUUUAAACAAAGUUUUAAGUGAGAAGUAGACAUUGGUCUGACGCCGAAAA